AUGUCAGACGAAAUAUGCGACAUAAUUAUUCGUGAAUCAAAUCGAAAGGCAAGGCAAUUCUUUAAUGAUGACAAUGCAAGACAUCCAACAAGAGAACCGAGAUCAUGGAUUCCCAUAACAGAAAGUGAAUUUGAUGCAUAUUUGGGCGUACUUUUGUUAAGUGGCGUUACACAUUCUGGUUACGUGCAUACGAAAGAUUUGUGGAAUACUAAAUCACAUCCAUUAUAUCGCGCUGCAAUGAGUGUACGACGAUUUUGGGAAAUUAGCCGCUUCAUUCGUUUUGAUAAUGGAAACACACGCCAGCAACGCAAACAAACUGACAAAGCAGCAGCAAUAUCGGACGUUUUUUUGAUGCUAAACAGCUGUCUUCGUAGAUAUUACGUGGCAGGAGCCAACGUCACCGUAGAUGAACAAUUGUAUGCUUAUCGUGGUGGAACUGGCUUAACGCAAUACAUACCAUCAAAACCUGCCAAAUAUGGGAUAAAAGUGUGGUGGGUGUGCGACUCCAUUUCGUCCUAUCCAUUGCAGGGACCAAUCUAUACAGGAAUGGCACCGUCUGGUGAAAGUGAAAGAAACGUUGGUGAAAGAAUAGUCAAAGAUUUAUGUAUCAACCUUUUUGAUGGAAGUGGAAGAAAUAUUGUAUGUGACAGCUUUUUCACUAGCUACAACUUGGCAAAAUCUUUGAUGAUAGACAAUAAUUUAUCUAUAUUGGGAACUUGCAACAAAAGGCGUACAUUCGUGCCAGCAGCAUUUGCCAACCCCAAGGGACGUUAG